ACAUGAUCAAAUAACUAAAAAUGUGUUUAUCUAAAAUAACAUAACCUACAAAAAUAUAUAUAGUUCAAAUAUUGCCUUGCUGCGUCUGUGAUGGGCCUACAAUGUCACAAUCAAUUUUCAACACAAAAUAAGAAAAAUAGGCUAAUCUUCUGUUCAGUAAAGUAAUUUCUGUAAUAUUGCCUUCAACUGUAAAAUAAAAAAUAAAUAAAAAAUUUAAAAAAACACCAUGGACAGAGACGCAACUGACAACAUCUACGACUUGAUAGACCAUCAUUUUAAAAAGCAGGGUUUGCAGCCAAGACAUCGUGGGUGGUCAGAGAAACAGGACAAUAGAGCAACAGUCCCCAGGCACCUGUGAAUUGGAAUUGCUGCUUCCACUGAACAUGAUGCGGUGCUACUUCCAAGUGAAGGAUACACCCGUAGCCUAACAACAAAGCAGGUUGGCUGAUGGCCAAUAAUGCUGUUCUGGGAUUUUUUUACACAACAACGUCAGGAGUGUCUGCUUUUCAAAGUGAUGAAAAAAAGUAGUUGGAAAGUUACAUCGCAGGGCUUGGUGGAUGUGAUAUGUUUCCAGCGGUUUAGGGAUUUUAGAGCGACCACAUAGGCGAAAGCCGCGCACAGCGCGAGACCACACCUGUGACAGGAGCAUACAGUCCAACUUUCCAAACCGCGCGAAAUACGGACCAAAAUGCCGGUUCGGCGGGGACACGUGGCUCCUCAGAACACUUUUCUGGAUACAAUCAUCAGAAAAUUCGAAGGACAGAAUCGCAAGUUCAUCAUCGCAAAUGCUCGUGUGGAAAACUGUGCCAUCAUCUUCUGCAACGACGCCUUUUGUGGCAUGUGCGGGUACACACGCGCUGAGGUCAUGCAGAAGCCGUGUACCUGCAGCUUCCUGUAUGGACCGCACACCAAGAGGCCUGCCGUGGCCCAGAUGGCCAAGGCUCUGCUGGGCUCCAAGGAGAGGAAGGUGGAUAUCUCCCUCUACACCAAAGAUGGUGUGUGUUUCUCCUGUAAAAUCGAUGUGGUGCCAGUGAAAAAUGAGGAUGGCUUGCUGAUCAUUUUCAUCCUCAACUUCGAGCUUCCCACUGAUCCACAUAUUCCCAGGUCCCCAACUAGAGAGUUCAACCACAAGUUGCCCAUCCCCUGGCUGACCCUAAAACGUCGGAAUAGGUUUCGCCUGCCCUCCACCUUGGUCUGCCCCCUCAGCAGGAGUAAACAGUCCCUGGAGAACGACACCGAGCUGGGCCACCAACGGGACCUCCUUGCUCUGGGUCAUGAGUCUGUGGCGCUGAAAAAGCUGCUGUCCCUGCCAGAGCGCCGGCGUCUGGGUGGCACCGGGGUACUACUCCGGGAUGAGGACCAGAGAGCCCUGCUGGGAGGUGAGUCCAUCUUGCCCUCCACAGACACAUCCGAUGCUCCCCCAGCCCUGUCCCUGGGCUUCUCCCAGUCCUCCCCCAGGCUGCACUGCCUCCGGAUGGAUGAGGAAUGUGGCUCCAACUGCAUUGUGACGCCCAGCCACUCCUGUGAGAGCCUCUGCAGCCUGCGGCACAUCUCCUCCGAGGACGGCGUCAAGAUCCGGAGGGGACGGGCCAGCUGGCACGGGAAGCCCAGCAGCAUAGGUAGAGGAGGAGACAGAGACAGGGGAUAG